AUGGCCCUUGUAAAGCGUUCACAUGGAGUUCUCACAAAAGUUUUCAGAUCAACAGCUACCGUUUUCAUCAACACCUGUUCGAGCUUGAUGACUGAUGGGGCCCCAGCUGGCCAAUUGGUGGCCGAUUCAGAUCCUCCGGUGGAAGUAAAGCCUGAGCUGCUUGCCUUGUCCGAUGAUGAAGCUGCUGCUCCCGCUCUGGAGCAACCCCUGGCCAAGCCCAAGCCUUCUCCUAGCAAAGGUGCUGACAUGGAUGUUGGGCUCUGUCGGAGAAAGCUGUCGAAAGUUGUUUGGACAGUGUGUCCUUGCGCUCGACCCCUCCGCAAGAAGACGGUGAAUUGUUUUACCCAGUUUCGGACUGAAACUGACGUGGGAGCUUUGGCUGCGCUUUACAUUCGGCUGCGUAGACUUGCCAAGGCUGACAUGGACGCAGAAGUGCUGGCAUUGAUGCGGCGGGCUCUGCCUGAUUUGCAGCAGACUCGGAAGAGGCGGGUCAUCCUUGACCGCCCUGUUUGUCAACACGCUUUUCGAAAACUCUUAGGUUUGGGUGCUGGCAGAUAUUCCAAAUUAACCCGCGCACUGACGGCUGGAAGAGUCCCUUUGGAUGGCCGAUGCCGGCCCCGAGCAGAUGACGGAAGCAAUCCGGUUUCUUCCCGGAAACGAUCAAUCGUCGUGGAGUUCCUUGAGGAAUUGGUUCACACAGUGGCUGAGCCAAUGCCAGAAGCUGCUGGCAAACAGAAAGGUGUUGAUGGCCAAGAGUUGCAGCCAGCGGCCAAAUUUCGACGUCUUCGGGGUAGACGGCCUGGGCAGCGCUUUCGAAGGUUUCCAGUUGUCACAGAUGAGCAGGGUAAAGUUCCAGAGUCCCAGGUGAUGAGGCUGCUUCCGCCCGGGUCAUUUUCUGAUUACCAUCGGCUUCUUCUUUCCAAACAUCCAGAGGUUUGGAGCAAAGACUUUGGCUCUAGACUUGGUAUCCGACCGAAGUCGCAGCACGCGCAGUGCGCGGUUUGUGUGCGUCAUCGCCGGCUCUUGAAGCGGCUGGCAAAUGAUGCCCGUGGCCGAUCUGCGCAGAUGCAACGGUACAUGAAGCAUCUAGGCCGGCAAUACCGGGACAGGACGUUCUACUGGAAAUCGAGGGCAUCGUCCCGGCUGACAACCCUGCCGGAUGGUUCGAAGACGGUCUGCCUCAUCACUGAUGCCAUGGACCAUUCAAAGUUCAGAUUCCCUCGAACGGCGUUGGCAGCCUCUAAGGAAUUUUCAGGGUUCAUCCGCCCCACUCUAGAUAUGAGUGCAGUGAUUUGUCACGGCCAUCAUGUCUUACUCUGCUGCAGCUUGCCGCACUUGAAGAAAGAUGCGAGUUGGUGCUGUGACUUAAUAUGUCACUCGCUCCAUCUUCUGGGGGCGAAGAUGGACAUGCGAGAGUUUGAGGUGAUUUGUCAAAGUGACAAUACCAGUCGCGAAGUUAAAAACAACGUGACAGCAAGACUCUUCGGAACCCUUGUGGGGCUUCACAAAGUGAAGCGAAUGGAAUUGAGGUGUCUGGCCUCAGGCCAUUCACAUGAAGACGUGGAUCAAUAUUUCUCUGCCAUAGGAUCUGAGAUAGAACGCCACCAGGAGUUGGCCACUCCAGAUUGCUUUGUCCAGAUGUUACAGGCAUUUCACGACAGGGAGGGCGGCAUUCGAGUUCACGCCAUGGCGGCCAUGUUGACCCACAAAAAGAGUCGUGCCUUUACUUUGGCUCCAAUGGCAUCCAGCGUCCAGCAUUGGCGGUCAGAUCUGGUGAGUGAAGGUGUUGAUUUGUCGCAACUGCAGAGCCGAUUCUGGAAUAAAUUUGGUUUCUCACCGUCUGGAGAUGACGUGAUUUUGAGGACAAAGCAAUAUAUGAGUGACCCGGACUGGAAGGGCAAUCCCAUUCUCUACCUCCCAGCCCGAAUUUGCCAAGCCAUCCGGGACGCUGGUGCAGUGCCGCAAGUCAUUGGUGCUGAUCGUGAUUUUGACGAUGAUGCUGCUGCGAAUUGGUUGAAGUAUGCAGCCUUCAUGCGAGAGGAACCAUUUUGCAUGGCCAAAGCCGCGCAUUAUUUGGAGAGGUUGGCCCGGAAUCAAUUGGACCGAGGAGAGCCGUUGGAAGUCAGCAACUGCUUGCCGGCCCCAGGGCCAGCCAUGGGCCAUGGUUUCCUUGCGCACGAUGAUGCCGGGGUUUCCUUCGAUCCGGUUCCGAACAAUGUCAGUUUGGUGCGGGAGAACCUGCCUCCAGUGGUAUUGGAUCGAUACCGUGCCCGCAGAAGGAAUGUACAUAUUUACCGUGCAGCUGUGCAACUUUGGGGUGAAGGCUUGAGUUUUGACCGUGCCCUUUCCAUAGUGACAGAGGCAUUUGAUGCUGCCACAUAUGAGGCGUGA